AGAAGUUCUAAUGGCGCGAAUAAACAACGAGUACCGGUAUCAGCGGAAGCAACUGUUGUCUAUUCAGAGCGUUUCUCCAAGUUACUCCGACUGAGUUGGCUUAAAUAUAAAUUUGAAAGUCCAACACACGCGCUGUGUUUUGGCGAAGAGUCGUGUUUUGUCUGCAUACGUUGCAGAAAACAACGUAAACUAUGUCGGACGCUCUGUCUGACCACGGCAGCGACAUCAACCACGAUGACAGCCUGGAGGAUGUUAUGACCCCGGCGGAGCUGAUCGCCAAACUGGAAGAAGCCUGGCUGAAUGAGAAAUUCUCACCGGAGCUGCUGGAGAACAAAUCGGAGGUGGUGGAGUGUGUGAUGGAGCAGCUGACUCAUAUGGAAUCCAACUUGCAGCGGGUGAAGAAAGGCGAUUCAAAGGCCAGCAUCCAUCGCAUGGAAAUAGACAGGAUCCGCUUCGUUCUCAGCAGCUACCUGCGCUCUCGUCUGCAGAAGAUUGAGAAGUUUUUCCCGCAUGUCUUGGAGAAAGAAAAGUCUCGAGGUGACGGAGAGCCGUGUCUGCUUUCACCUGAGGAGUUUGCCUUUGCCAAAGAGUACUAUGCGAACAUGGAAACCUACCUGAAGGCUGUAGCGCUGAAGCGCAUGCCGGCCAACUUGCAGACUGUGGAUCUGCUCAAAGCAGUGCCGGAGCCCUGCUUGGACUCUUUCGUGUUUCUGCGGGUGAAGGAGAGGCAGGAAAACAUCCUGGUUGAGCCUGAAACGGAUGAUCAGAGAGAUUAUGUUGUGGAUCUUGAAGAAGGCUCUCAGCAUUUAAUACGGUAUCGCACUAUAGCGCCACUUGUUUCAAGCGGAGCCGUGCAGUUAAUUUGAAUGUUGAGGUUUGUCGCGUUGUUCGGAGAUUUUUGUGAAAUAGCCCGAAGGAGAAAAGGGCAGAUUUACCUAUUCACAUCAGGAAACACAUUCUUCUUCCUGACCGAGUGAGAAUAACUUGGGCGAUGCAAAUGGAAAGCGGUGCCAUGUCCCCAAGAAAAAGGUCACUGCUAGUGAGAACUGAAGACUCUGAGCAGGCCUCGUUCGCCAAAGUAGCUUUUGCAGAGCUGUGGGGUUAUUUUUGGAUGUUUAUAAUCAUAAAUUUGGUUGCGUAAUUCGAAUGCGUUCUGGUGUGUCGGUGUCUGUUAGAGACUGCUAAUUCAUCAUUAUUCCUGUCACUAUGCUCGGUUACAGGAUUUAUCAGAUGACCUGAAGGUGUAAUUUCAUUCAUCCACUUGGCAUCACAGUGACUUCGGGGUUCAAGUGCUAAUCUGUGUGUAUGUUUUGUGCUUCAUUUGUCUACCAUAAUAAGACAGUUGCGCUUUUAGUCAUAUGCAUUGGUGUGAUUGUAAAUAAUAAAAAUGUUUUUUUUACACUAUUA